AUGCAGCUCCAGCGAGGCACCGGCCGGAGCUACGCGUCGCUCCCACUCACGGGAACGUCGCCGGACCCGGUGCCCCGCUUUUCCCGCUUUGGAGUGCAGAAACGCUGGCGCGGCGCCAGUUUGCUCUGCUUGGCAAUCGGAGUGUUUGCACUUGGCCUAGAGGUUUUGAGGGAGGAUUCUUCUAAAAGGUUGGUUCCAGCAUCUACUGUUGCUACCGCUACUAGUUCAAGCACCAUGCUGUUUACCUCAUUUUCAAACGUUUCUACCUCCACUGCUGCUACUGGACUCUCAUUUGGUGGUGCCCCUACAACUUUGGCUGGAAUGCUUGGUGGUACAGCAUUGGGAUUUGGAUUAAAUUUCCCUGGAGCAGGUGGAGCAGCUGCUGUUGCAUCUACUACAACGUCAACCAUCACCACUACCACGGUCACCACCACCAGCACCAGCACCAGCACCACCAGUAGCUUUACCAUGAAUCUAAAACCACUGACAUCAACUGGCAUGAAUAACACUGUUCCAUUCGGCAUGAUUCCUAAACCUUUUACUUUGACCAUUAGUGAAAUCAUAACUCCUGUGAUGACAUAUGGUCAGCUGAGUGGUCUGGUAAACAAAUGGAGCCUUGAGUUAGAGGAUCAAGAGAAACACUUUCUUCACCAGGUCACCCAGGUCAAUGCUUGGGACUAUACAUUGAUUGAGAAUGGUGAGACGAUUAUUGCUUUACAUGGAGAAGUGCAAAAGGUGAAACAGGAUCAGAAAAGGCUGGAGGAAGAAUUGUAUUUUAUCCUGUCACAGCAGAAAGAACUAGAAGAUCUCUUGACCCCUUUAGAGGAGUCUAUAAAGGACGAGAGUGGGUCUGUUUGUCUGCAGCAUACAGAUGAGGAGCGUGAGAGGAUUUACCAGUUAGCAGAAGAUGUAUAUGCUCGGCUGAAACGAACGGCCCAAGAUCUCAAGGACAUUAUUGAGUACCUGAAUACAUUUGGAAGUCCUGCUGACACUACUGGCCCGCUCCAGCAGAUCUGCAAAAUUCUGAAUGCUCAUAUGGACUUUCUACAAUGGAUUCAUCAGACUUCAGGCAUGCUGCAAAGGAAUGUAGAAGAGAUAGAAGUUUUCGAGCAUCGUCAUUACAGGGAGCAGGAAUGCAAUGUCAGGAUUGCUUUUGAUUGAAUGACCCUAUCUUCAGCAUGCUGUUUUUGGAUUAUACAUUACCUACAAAUUUUGAUGGUGUUUGUUAGAGUAGUAUUUACAGUUAAUAUUUAAUCUUUGGUGGCAAUAAAGGCUGCAUGUAUUUUUCCCCCACUUAAAUAUUGUGCUGUUGGCAAUGAUACUGUAGUUUGGCUUUUAGUAUUAGCAACUCAAAACUAUAUCAGCUCUUCUGUCUAGACAGCAGCCUAUUUGAUGUUGACUCUGUGUGUGCAAUUCAUGGCUUACUCUGCUAGAUUCCAUAUCUUACCGGCAGCACGCAUUGUCCUUUUCACUCCAGCCAGAUCAUAAAGAAAUGUUUGCCAAAAAAUAGAUGCCAACCAGUCUUGACUGGGUGCCUGUUAACAUUCAACGUAUAGUGUUAGCUACUGUAAAGUUUCUCUCGUCAAAAGAACUUACUGUCUACUUUGAGAUGUACUUAAUGCCUGUCUGUAUAAAAAAACAGUAUAGACAAUACAAGGAAGUGUGUUAUGAAGUACAGAAAGUAUGCUAUAGAAAUUCAGAGAAGGGAGGAAGAGUUAGGAUGGAUUUGGGACUUGAUUUAGGUUAUUUAAAAAAGGGUAUGGUUCAGGCAAUUGGUUUAUUUUUGAUGUCCAGAUAAUCUGGUGUUUUACUUGGUUUUAGCAUAUGAUUUAUAGUUGUGGGUUUUGUGUAUUUGUUUAUCUGUUUUUCAAGAAAAAGCAUUGUUCUUAGCUUGGAAACAGUCUGAUUUCUUGUGUUUCAUGUUUUACCUAAGUCAUAAAUAAAGGCAAAGCUCUGAAAAAUAAAAGUAUAACACUAAAAUAAACUACU